CGGAAGGAUAUGUCCAACCCUAAAAUAAAUCAGAAAUUUCGAAAUAAGUGGGUUUGGAGAGCCAGUACUGGGGUUGUCACUACACACGAGUGAGUGGUGAGUCCAGCCAUGGAGGGGGGCAGCUUUGCGCGUUGGACGAUGCUACAAGUGUUGAUGGCGUGUCUUACUGUGCUUCAUGUCCAGGGCCUGACGGUGGACAUGGCGGUACUGAACGCCUUCCCGGCGGUAGACCCACAGGACAGAGACACAUACAUCUACUGUUACUCCAUGGGUGACAUCAUCCAGCAGAAGCAGCCGGCGGGGGCAGGGAAGUACCCCCUGCGGGUGGAGCUGGACACGGGCUCCGGGAAAAAGGUCACGGACAAACGGGUCACCUACAUGAUCCCGCCCAACGGUGUUGCCGUCAGGAUGUUGGCGACCGCUGGGUACGCUCAGGUUGGCGCCUUCUCCUGUAAAGCUCGGAUGAAAAAUGGCGGAGACAAAAGAGUGUCCAAGAUCAUCACCCUCAAGGUCAACAGGAAAGCGCACUUCUUCCCCGUGGAGUUCACCAAGACCAUGAACCUGGGGGAGGAUGUGACGUUACAGAUGACCAUGCGCAGCCGGAAACCAGACGUGGCCAUCUCGUGGAAAAAGGAUGGCAAGCCCGUCAGCAACCCCGUCAAUGACAGACCUGAGUUAACUAUCCGCCAAGCGAAGAAGUCGGACACUGGAAUAUACGAGGUGUUUUACUUCGGUUACUACCCGACUCGGCAACAGGGCAUCAUGAGGCUCAUUGUUAGAGGUUGUCCGGCGGGAAAGUGGGGUGAAAAUUGCGAGAAGAACUGUCCUUUGUGCUACAACGGUGGUCAGUGUGAUCACAUGACUGGGGAGUGCGUCUGCGCACCCGGGUUCAACGGUACCAACUGCGACAGGGGUUGUGGCGGGAACCAUUUCGGACAGACUUGCAACUUCCGUUGUAACUCUAUGGGUUCGAUAGACGGUUGCCGAGGCCGUAUGCUCUGUGUACCCGACCCUGUGGGUUGUGUCUGUCCAUCUGGAUUCAAAGGACCUCUUUGUUUGCAAAUGUGCGAGGAAGGAUCUUACGGAGCGGGGUGUUCCCAGUCCUGUCACUGUCUCCAUGGCAACAGCGUCUGUGACAGAUACACGGGCGCAUGCGCCGGAGGCUGUGCCCCAGGAUGGCAGGGACCGUCAUGUCAGAAAGAAUGUGAUAAUGGGCGGUUCGGGAUGUUCUGUAAGAGAUCGUGUCACUGCGCGGCGGGGGAGGCGGCGUGCCACAAGAAGACUGGCGCCUGCAGUACCGGCUGCGCCGCUGGGUGGAGAGGCGUGGACUGCCAGAAAGAGUGUGACGAUAAAACAUUUGGUCCUGGCUGUGAGAAGCAGUGUCACUGUAAGGACGGUGUGCAGUGUGACCGGAAGUCAGGACUGUGCCCUGCCGGAUGUGCGUCAGGAUGGUAUGGCCUGAGUUGUCAGGACACCGACCCACCAGGGACGGCAGCUAGAAAAGAAAGUUUCCCCGUGUCUGUAGACUGUGUGGAGGGGACGUUCGGGGAGAACUGUGAGCUGCCGUGCCGCUGCCGUGGCGGGGAGCCGUGUAACCAGAGAACGGGCGCCUGUCCGACAGGAUGUGGGGAUGGAUGGACGGGAUCCUCCUGUCAGCAAGAAUGUUCGGACGGCACGUAUGGCCCCGACUGUAAGUACCAGUGCCACUGUGACCAAGGCGCGCCGUGUGACAAGAGGUAUGGCAUCUGUAGGAGAGGCUGUGCACCCGGCUGGAGGGGGGUCGCCUGUAGUAAAGAGUGUCGUGACGGGAAGUACGGUGCCGGGUGCAGCUCGGAGUGCCACUGUCUGGGCGGGCCGGAGGACUGUGACAAGGUGACCGGGGAAUGUACGGGCGGCUGUGCGGCGGGAUGGGAGGGACCGGAGUGUCAAAGAGAGUGUACAGAAGGAAAGUUCGGCCCAGGCUGUAAGGAUGUGUGCCACUGCCGCCAUGAUGUGCCGUGUGACAUGUACACUGGGAAGUGUGAGGAGGGAUGUGCACCGGGGUGGGCGGGGGACGACUGUCAAACAGCGUGCCCAGCCGGAAAGUUUGGUGAGGACUGUUUGAACGACUGCCACUGUCUGGACGGCAACACCUUCUGCAGUCGGUUCAACGGGACAUGUCUACGGGGCUGCCAAGCUGGCUGGCAGGGGUACAACUGUCAGAAGAAGUGUCCUCUGGGAAACUUUGGGCUAGAGUGUAAGGGGACGUGUCACUGUGACCAGGGGCUGUGUGACAGAAUCACGGGGGCAUGCGCCAGUGGGUGCGCGGAGGGAUGGAUGGGCAAGGCCUGUCAACAAGAGUGUCCACCAGGACGAUUUGGUACCAGUUGUAAAGGAACAUGUCAUUGUAACGGGACGUGUGACAUCCGGACAGGGGCCUGUGAUGGAGAAUGUGCUCUAGGAUGGGAAGGACCCAUCUGUCAAAAACCAUGUGACGUGGGUAGAUAUGGCCUGAACUGUACCCAGACGUGUCUGUGCUCUAAUAACGACGUGGCGUGUGAUCGUGCGACUGGACCUACCAAGGACUGCGCCUGCAGGGAGGGAUUUUUUGGCCCGGACUGUUCCGAAAAAGCUGAAGGCCCAGAAAUCACGUCCUUCAGCUACACCCGAGUCAACCUGGGACAGCUGACUAAUUUCUCCUGCAGUGCCAGAGGACACCCCCCUCCCAGCCAGGAUGACAUCAGAAUGUUCCUUGUGAACCAUGUCCCAGGACUGCCUGUGGUAGCAACACAUGUGGGAGAGAAUGGCACCCGAACAAACUUCUUUCAGGCUCCAGUUGAGAAAGGAGAGGUGUUUGAAUGUGUGGUGAAAACUGAAGUUGGAGAGAGCAGAAGAAAUCUUACGGCAGAUGUAUUUGAGCCUCCAUAUUUGAAGUUCCAGCCCUUGGUGAUCCCAGGCAUCAUGACAUUCAGCUUGCGAUGGCGUGCCUGGGUGGAGGGUUUCGACAGUGGAGACGGACCUGUCACCUCCUACUCCAUAUGGCAUCGUCCUGAUGGUGAGGAAGAAUGGACCGUGCAGCCGGUCAACUUUUCUCCAGAACAGGAGGAGUUCAAUGAGACGAUAGAGGGGCUAGCUCCAGGGAGGACCUACGAUAUUGCAGUGAUGCUGUCCAGGGAGGGGCCUGGUGGUCAGGAGAAGGCCCCACUGAAGGUUGUAAGACAAGAAACAAGAUGUGGGGCACCCCUUGAGCCGCCAAAGGAUGUCAGAGUCCAGAUACAUGGGCCUCGUCACAUAAUCGUCAACUGGGACGUUCCUGAGGUGGAGGUGAUCCGAUGUUGGUACUACGGCUUCCGUGUCCACCACAAGAAGGCAAGUGAGUUACUGGAUAAGGUGUCCGUCUCUCCCAACCAGACAAGCACCACCAGACAGUACAACCUGUUUGUCUCACCUGCCACAACUUACCUGGUCAAGGUGGAGCUGUGGAACUUGGUGGGCUCCAACCAAUCACCUUACUAUGAAGUCAAGACACCUGAUGAUGUUCCAGGCCCUGUCAGAGGGUUUAAGGUUCUCCGCUUCAGCAGUAAUGAAGUGGAGGUGAGAUGGGAGGAACCGACAGCAAAGAAUGGACUCCUGGUUGGCUAUCAGAUCACGCAGAAGCUGAAGAGACGUAACCGACGGAGUCCUGGUAACACCUGUGCAAUCCCAGUGCCAGGAAACGCUACUGAGACUUGGAGAGUCACUCCAAAUGUCACCAACUUCAUGUUUGAAGGGCUGCUGCCCCAUUCGCUGUACAGGCUGUCAGUGCAAGCUAUCACAAGGGCAGGUCCCGGUCAAGAAGUAGCCAUCGAGCAGACAACGGCCCAAGGAGCUCCGAGUGGUUCCAUAAAAAACCUUCAGGUCGUCAGUUUCCAACCCAAGGCCAUGCAGAUCAGCUGGGACCCCCCGGCAUGUGAGAGCCGCAACGGCAACAUCACACACUAUGAGGUCCACAGUGAGGAGGUGAAUUCUACAUCUCCUCGGCCAGGGUCAGAAACUGCUAACGUGUCCACAACAGACAUAUGGCUGUAUAAGCUGGUGCCAUACACAACAUAUCGUCUGCGUGUACGGGCCUACACUAGGGCAGGGCCGGGACCGUGGUCUACCCAGCUACUACAGAGAACAAGGGAGUUCCGCCCAGAGGCACCACGUGAUUUCCAAGUAGACUCUGUAUCCCCUACGUCUAUCUCCCUGUCCUGGCGUGAACCCUGGCCUCCAGGUGGCAUCAUAACCCAAUAUGAAAUCAUAUUCUGGAAAACCAUGGAUGAGUUUGGUGCACCAUCCCCACUGAACAACAGGACAGUGUUGGUUAACGAGACCUAUGGUCCAGAUGAUGUCAUUCAGUAUGAAAUCGACGGCCUGUCAACCAAUGUCAACUACACAGUUAAUAUCAAGGCUUUUAAUGGAGUUGGAAUGAGCCCCAAUGCCAGAGUAACAGCGUUUACUGAUGAAAGUGCUCCGGGCCCUGUCACAAACCUAACAGCUAUGGAAGUCACCACCAACACAAUUGUUGUGCGCUGGGAGAAGCCUCUACUUAACCCAGACAAAGUAUCCGCUUAUGAAGUCACAUAUCAGAGCAAGACAAAAGGAGCCUGUCCACUCUCUGUCUCCUUUGUUACAAUAUACAGAAUACCAAAUGCCAGUGUUACUGAAUACAAGAUGUCAGGACUGACUCCCUACACUCUGUAUGGAAUAUCAGUCCGGUCAAGAACAAAGGCUGGCUUCAGUGAAGUCACUGAGAUUGAAACCAGGACAGGAGAAACUGUUCCAACAGGACCACCAACAAAUAUCUUGCACAGCCAGGUGACACCAACAUCAGUGUUCUUCACCUUUCUACCACCACUAUGUGAUGAGAAGAAUGGUGAGAUCACCAUGUAUGAGUACGUGUUGGUACGACAGAACGCUACGUCAAUCUCAGAGUGGCUACUGGGAAACACCUCCGCAACAACCUACGCGCAGAAGUUUACCGGCUUGAUUCCAUUUACUGACUACUACUUUCGAGUCCGAGGCUUCACCAGUGCAGGACCUGGUCCAUUUUCAGAUGCUGUGAGUGUCCGAACAGCAGAAGACAAACCACCUGCUCCACAAGAUCUACGUGUUGUCACCUCUGCCACAACUGCGACCGUCACAUGGACCGCUCCCUCCCCAUCACAUGGGAUCAUCCUACGUUACGCAAUAGAGAUCCAGGAAGAUGGCGAGUCUCUCAACACAUCCAAGAUCAUUCGGGCGGCCGACAGGAAGAACAGGCUGGUUAUACGUGACCUUGCCCCCUUCACAAACUAUUCAAUUCGGGUACGAGCCGCAACUGCAGUUGGAAAAGGGCCAUUCAGCACUUCAGUCACAGCACUGACUGAUGAGGGAGUUUCUGGAAUGCCUGAUGCCCUAACUGUGACAACCACAAAGAACAGCAUUGUGGUCCAAUGGAAGCCUCCUCUACAGCCUAAUGGAGUCAUUCAGGGAUACAAAGUCAGUUGCAAGGGGCUCGCCUCUCACGACCCAGACUAUGACCCAGCUAAGGAUGUCUAUCCUGUAGAAAAGCUGGCAUCAGAGUUUCACCAUGUCUUUGAGGGCCUUUAUUCUGGCACAGACUACACCAUAACUAUCCGAGCAAGAACAAAGAAGGGUUAUGGUGACACAGCUUCCAAAAACUGCAGUACCACCAUAGCAGAGCCUCCAACGCCAGAGGCACCACUUCCAGUAGGAGAGGCAAAGGACAACACAGUUUCCCUGGAACUCAAACCUGUACUUCCAAAGAAUGGACCAAUCAGUGCCUACUAUGUGGUUGUCCAAGGCAACAACCAGCUGAGAUUUCUGGACAACCGGGAUGAAAUGCUGGACUAUCACGAGGCAUCUCACAAGGGGAAACCCUUCUACAUCACUGCCAUGUUUACACCAGAUCAGGUCCAAGAGAAAAAGAAUUUUGUUGUUGGUGACAACAAGACCUACGGUGGCUACUGGAAUGCACCACUGGUGGAAGGGGAGAAGUAUUCAUUUAUAUACGGAGUGGCAAGUGAACUGAAUGGGGAGAAGCUGAUGUCUUUCUCAGAAUCUCAACGUCCAAUCAUAGUGUCUCCUGACCCAAAUCCUGGUCCUACUGUACAGAAGGCUGCUGACAACUCUUCACUGAUGGUAGCCAUUUUUGUGGCUGUCCUGCUUCUACUCCUACUCUUCUUCAUGAUAUUACUUGCCGUAUAUGUGACAAGGCGGCAACGACAAGGAACGCUCAAUGUGGCUGCAAAAGAGGCGAUAUUUCUGUCUCCAGUGGCAAAAGCUCAGGAUGCAGAGAGACAGGAGGGACAUGCGCCAUUUCCAUUUCCAGUCAAGGAGGGCCAGUACCCACCGCUCAAGCUGGAGGAGUUCGCAGAACAUGUACGGCUCAUGCGCAAGGACAACAACCAGGGCUUCAAGCUCGAACAUGCGAGCCUCCCAGACAGUCAGACGUCAUCGUGGGAGACGGCAUUCAAGGAGGAGAACAAGACAAAGAACAGAUAUGGAAACAUUGUUCCAUAUGACUCCAGUCGGGUGGUCCUGGAGCCCACAGUGGAUGACCCGAGCUCCGACUACAUCAAUGCCACAUACUGUGAUGGGUACAGGGAGAAGCAGGCAUACAUUGCAACACAGGGUCCCAAGACUAACACGGUGCCCGACCUGUGGCGCAUGGCGUGGCAGGAGCACAGUGCCAGUAUUGUCAUGCUCACCAACCUGGUGGAGAUGGCAAAGGUACAGUUCUACUCCGACCUGGAGCAAUCUGCAAGCAUUCCCAAGCAAAAGUGUAAGCAGUACUGGCCAGACGAGGAGGACACAUAUGGAGACAUCACUGUAAAGGUGAAAAGUGUGGAGGAACUGGCAGACUACACCACACGCACCUUCAUCAUGACAAAGGAGGGAGAGGGGGAGAAGCGAGAGAUAAAGCAGUUCCACUUCACCAACUGGCUGGACCAUGAUGUUCCUGAUCACCCCACACAGCUGCUGGCUUUUAUACGUCGGGUCAAGGCACUGACUCCCCUGGAGGUUGGACCGACCAUCGUGCACUGCAGUGCUGGGGUUGGACGGACAGGCACCUUUAUUGUCAUUGAUGCCAUGCUGGAAAUGGCACGGCAUGAGGCCCACGUGGACAUCUUUAACCAUGUCAUGCAGCUGCGCAAGGCCCGUAUACAGAUGGUGCAGACAGCGGACCAGUAUGCUUUCAUCCAUGAGGCUGUCCUGGAGGCUCUACAGACAGGUGACACCCACAUUCCUGUGUCAGAAUUCCGAGAUGGAUAUGAAGCCAUGACACGCAAGAGGCCCAAAGUCAAGAAAAGCCCCUUGGAUGAGGAAUUCAAGCUACUGGUGAAGAUGACCCCAGCUUUUGACCCUGAAGACAGCAAUGCAGGUUGGUUGGAGGAGAACAAGAGAAAGAACAGAGAUCAGAAUGUACUACCAGUCGACUUGCAACGUGCUGUACUGAGUACUGAGUAUGCAAACCAGAGUGACUACAUUAAUGCCAUGUAUCUGGACAGCUACAAGACCCGAAAUGCCUUCAUAGUCACCCAGACCCCCCUGCCUGACACUGUGGCUGACUUCUGGCAGAUGGUGUAUGAACACGGUGCACAGACCAUUGUCAUGAUGAACACUCUGAAGAAGAAGGACAAGGACAUGGUGCAGUACUGGCCUGAUGAGGAAGGGGGCGCAAUUGAGUAUGGGCCGAUUCGUGUGGAGCUGACCUGCACCACCAAGGCUGUCAAUGUGACUCUCAAGGAUUUCCUACUGGUCAACACCAAGGCUGAUAGUGAGGACAUCCGCAUGGUGAAGCAUUUCCAGUUCCUGGGCACGUCACGUGACCAGCUGUGCUCUCGUUCCCGGGGUGCCAUGGUGGAGUUACUGCAUCUCUUGACCAGGUGGCAGGAGGAGUGCGGGUCGGGUCCUGUGGUUGUCCACUGCCAGACUGGAGUUGGCCUGAGCGGUGUGUUCUGUGCAGCUGUGAGCCUGUGUGAGAAGAUGGAGGAGGAGAAGUCAGUGGACAUCUUCCAGGUGGCUCGUACCCUGACUAUCCAGCGCCCUCACAUCAUCAACUCUGCUGAGCACUACAAGUUCCUGUACGAUGUGGCCAUGGAAUACCUCAACUCACAGCAGGGUCUACUCAACUCACACUGAGCUUCAUGUACAACCUGUUAGCAUCAGGAAGAUAUCGAUGUCUUCAAGUUAAUAUGUUUAUUAAGAUUAUGGUAUAUCAUAUCUAUACACCGACUCAAUGCAACGAUGGGCAAUACUGCUCUCAGUGCAAGUGCCUCACUCUUCUACAUUAAUAGUGUACAAUCAUAUAUGAUAUAUACAUUUACAUAUGUAUAUGUAUAUGUACCUUACAAAUGGUAACAAUCAAUCUAUAGUGUAUUCUUAUGUCACAUUGACAGUAUAGGACUUGGUAUAAUAAGGACUGAUACCAGUCAAAAGUGAACUUUGUUUGAUACGUAUUCAUGUAUACCUUUAUAGCUCCACGUAUGCUAAUAAUAUCAUCUUUGCUUUAAUAUUGAUCUGAAAAUGAUUAUCUUCAUACUUAAUCUAGCGGCAAGGCGAUAAAUACCUACUAAUUUGUAGUAAAAGUUUUCUAGUCGCUCACAUUUGUACUUCUAAUCAUUGUCAGAAUACAGAGCCAUAUUUUAUCAUUGGUGAACAAUCUAAUGUUAUUAUUUCUUGCCUGCCGUUUUAUGCACUUGCAGUAUAUAUAGAGGGGAUUUAUUAUGUAAGAGCUGGUAUAUAGUUCUUUGCAAACAAGGUAGUUCAUUUGGUAGUUAUAGGAGCCGACCGUGCCUUAUGACACCAUAUACACCUCAGGGUGGGUCACUUAACUCUGUAUUAGAUACCUACAGGCCCCACAGGUAGGCAGUUAUUAUAUCAAUAGUAGUUAUAACUCAUUAUUUAAUCUUGUGCUCAUUUUGCCUAACCAUGGUUACAUUAAGCGCCAUAAACAAUUAAGGUAUGAAUAAAUGCAAUUUUUUGCUAUUCUA